AUAUUUUAUUAGAAGAAUUUUACCAUUUUGGCAUUCAAUGUACUAAAUUAAUUAGUUUUCGUUUGCUUACAAAUUGAAUACGAAACUCGAAUUAUGGCUCUGCCUAUAAACAAGUGCGCGCUAUUAAAUCAAAUCAAUCAAGUUAAGUCGAAUACCUUGAACAUGCUAUGGAAUUGUGAUGGUGGCACUUUUAGCAAGAUUUUAAACAAGUUGUCAUUGGCAAAUACACUGAGACCAUUUAUACCGCCAUUGCGGCUUAGCAAGCCCAAUUUGAUGCUACGCACGCAGCUGAAGUUAUCGCAUCCCUGUCGCUUUACGCCGGAGCACAAUCUGGGCAUGAUUGUGCCCACCAGCAAGGGCUUGAAGCUGUGGCAGUCGGGCAGCCAGCCCAGCCGCGCUGUUGCGCUCAUGUGGAAGACACAGCUGGAUGAUCGGCUGGGCAACAAGUACGAGGUGUAUUUCGAGAAGGUGCGCAAAAUGCAGCAUGAGAAAAUGCAAAAGAUCGAGGAUCUGGAUAGGCAGCUCAAACUGGCUGUGGAGAAUAUCAAAAUCCAGCGGCGCAUUUACAAGCUCAUGGAGGAGCAGCACAAGCAGGAGGAGCUUGAGCCCAUUGCGUUCAAUCCACUGCCGAAACGACAACUCAACUUCGGUCGGUCGAGGAACACAGUGCGGCGCAAGCACUAUCUGAAUUAUGCACGUCCAACGAACUCUCCGCCGCACUCACAUCUCACGCACAACAAUCAGUGGCAACUGCAGCAGUUGCAACAAUUGCAUUUUGCGCCCUAUUCGCCCGCCCAUCCGCGUUCGGACAAUGGCGAUUUGCUGUGCAAACCAACGCCCAAGCUGGAGCAACGUCUCAAUCCCAUACUGGAGAUGCAUCGCGAGCGUGCCGCACAGCUGGAUGCCAACAAAGCUGCCAGUGGCCAGUGCCGCGAGUCGGCCAUGUGCAAGCUGGUCAAGAUACUCAACCAAAAGACUAUAGCCAAGUUCUGAAGCAAGAGCAAAAUAACAACGACAAUUAAGCAACGAGAACAUUUUUCACUAAAUGUAUGCGUAGUUCAAUAAAAUUUUAUACUUAAGGAUUUUGUA